GCAGAGUGCAGACAGCCAGCUACACAGGCAGACUAACGGCUAGAGGAACAACGAAAGCUUUUGAGUACACACGCAUUAUGGAAUAUCAGCAUUGCCUGGCAGAAGAAUAGGGAAUAGUCACUGGCAGCAGAAGUGGAACCGCACCAGCCUCUUUUGAGCUCCAGUAUGCUGUCCCUCUGCGCUUGGACGGGUUGAAUAUCACCAAACACCUUCAGGUUGAAGCUCCUGCUGGAAUCUGAGGUGGCGAUGGGGAACACAGCCACCAAGUUCCGCAAGGCUCUGAUCAAUGGUGACGAGGGUCUGGCCUAUCAGCUGUAUGAGGGUAGCCCCCAGUUUAAAGAGAGUCUGGACCCCAACACCUCGUAUGGCGAACCCUACCAGCGUAACACUCCUCUCCACUAUGCCACCAGGCACGCCAUGACACGAAUCGUCAGGUCGUUUCUCUUCAGUAAGGACGGCAACCCCAACAAGCGUAACGCUCACAAUGAGACGUCCCUCCAUCUCCUCUGUAUGGGCCCCCAGAUCCUAAUGGGGGAGGGGGCUCUGCAGCCGCGGCUGGCCCGGCCCGAGCUGGACGAGAUGAAGAGGGCAGAGUGUCUCCAGAUCAUCCUGAAAUGGACCGGAGCCAAGCUGGACCAGGGAGAGUAUGAGAACGCUGAUGUCAACGCUACUGAUAACAAGAAGAAUACAUCGCUGCACUACGCAGCCGCCUCAGGGAUGAAGAAGUGUGUAGAGAUUCUAGUGAAGAGGGAAGCGGACCUGUUUGCAGAGAAUGAGGACCGCGAGACGCCGUGUGACUGUGCAGAGAAGCAGCACCACCAGGAGCUGGCCCUCAGCCUGGAGUCUCAGAUGGUCUUUAGCCUGGCCCCAGAGGACAUAGAGGCAGAGUACGCUGCUCUGGAACACAGAGAGUUAUACGAGGGUCUGAGGCCUCAGGAGCUGCGUGGUCUGAAGGACAUGCUGAUAGUGGAGACAGCAGACAUGCUGCAGGCCCCUCUCUUUACUGCUGAGGGUCUGCUCAGAGCACAUGACUGGGACAGAGAGAAGCUGCUGGAGGCCUGGAUGUGUAAUUCUGAGGAGUGCUGCCAGCGGUCUGGGGUCCACAUGCCCAGUGCUCCCCCUAGUGGGUUCAACGCCUGGGACACCCUGCCCUCCCCUCGUACCCCCAGGACCACCCGCUCCUCCAUCACCUCCCCCGACGAGAUCAGCCUCACCCCCGGGGACGAUGAUGGAACACUGUGUGGGAUCUGCAUGUGCCCCGUGUCUAUCUUCGAGGAACCAGUUGACAUGUCGUGUGGUCACGAGUUCUGCCGAGCCUGCUGGGAAGGGUUUCUGAAUCUGAAGAUCCAGGAAGGGGAGGCUCACAACAUCUUCUGCCCGGCGUACGACUGCUUCCAGCUGGUUCCUGUGGAGGUCAUAGAGAGUGUCGUCUCCAGAGAGAUGGACAAGCGCUACCUGCAGUUCGACAUCAAGGCGUUUGUGGAGAACAACCCAGCUAUCCGCUGGUGUCCCAAGGCGGGGUGUGAGCGGGCGGUACGUCUCUCAUCCCAGGGUCCAGGUAGCAGCUCCUCUGACCCCUUCAGUCAACCCCUCCUCAGAGCUCCUGCUGUGGACUGUGGCAAGGGACAUCUCUUCUGCUGGGAGUGCCAGGGAGAAGCCCAUGAACCAUGUGACUGCCAGACAUGGACGAUGUGGCUGGCUAAAGUUACUGAGAUGAGACCCCAAGAACUGGCCGGUGUGAGUGAAGCCUGUGAAGAUGCAGCCAACUGCUUGUGGUUACUCACCAACGCCAAACCCUGCGCCAACUGCAAGUCCCCUAUUCAGAAGAACGAAGGCUGCAACCACAUGCAGUGUGCUAAGUGUAAGUAUGACUUCUGCUGGAUCUGUCUGGAGGAAUGGAAGAAACACAGCUCGUCUACGGGAGGCUACUACCGCUGUACCCGCUAUGAGGUCAUCAACCAGGUGGAGGAGCAGAAGAAAGACAUGACUGUGGAGGCUGAGAGGAAGCACAACAGCUUCCAGGAACUGGACCGCUUUAUGCAUUACUACACCCGCUUCAAGAACCAUGAACACAGCUACCAGCUGGAGCAGCGUCUACUGAAGACAGCCAAAGAAAAGAUGGAACAGCUGAGCGGGGCGUUGAGUGGAAGAGAAGGAGGCCCGCCUGACACUACGUUCAUUGAAGAUGCGGUCCUGGAGCUUCUGAAGACACGCCGCAUACUCAAGUGCUCUUACCCCUACGGCUUCUUCCUGGAGACCAAAUCCACCAAGAAAGAGAUUUUUGAACUCAUGCAGACCGACUUGGAGAUGGUGACCGAGGACCUAGCUCAGAAAGUCAACCGGCCUUACCUCCGAACUCCGCGCCAUAAGAUCAUCCGAGCGGCCUGUUUGGUGCAGCAGAAGAGACAGGAGUUCCUGGCCUCCGUCGCCCGCGGGGUGGCCCCCAGCGACUCCCCAGAGGUCCCUAGACGCAGUUUCGGAGGAGGAACGUGGGACUGGGAGUAUUUGGGCUUUGCAUCUCCUGAGGAGUAUGCAGAGUUCCAGUACCGGCGGAGACACAGAGAUCGUCAGCAGAGGAGACAGAGGGGGGACAUUCCCGAUCAUGGCGAACACAGCGACAGCACUUUAGACAGACAGGAAAUUGGAGGUGGUCGAAGACACGCCCCCCCCACGGGCUUGGGCUCAUUGGAUGAGGACGAUCCCAACAUCCUGUUGGCUAUCCAGCUGUCACUCCAAGAGUCUGGGUUGGCGACGGGCGGGGACACUCCAGACUUCUUGUCCAAUGAGGCGUCCCUGGGGGCCAUCGGCACCUCCCUCCCCUCCAGGCUGGACGCGGGGCCCCAGGGGGUGGAGGUGGGCCCCCGAGGAGCCAUCAGCAGCUCAGAGCUCCUGGAGCUGGGGGAUAGUCUCAUGAGACUAGGCAACAUGAGGACCAUCGGCAGCCAGCACCAGUAUGAAAGGUCUCCAGGUGUCCAGGCCCCACACCAGCACUACAGCAACCACAAUCUCAACCCGUUCAGGGAGCCUUCUUCGGGUACGGACUCCACUACCACCACCUCAACAGGGCUCCAGGACCCCUCAAACCCCAACACUAACCUUCUGGGCAACAUCAUGGCCUGGUUCCAUGACAUGAACCCUCAGAGCAUCACCCUCAUCCCCUCCUCCUCCACCACCACCACCACCUCCUCAGACACAGACCUAGACUUCAACCCAGCAGGGCAGAUCACAGCCAGCACUAACCUCCACCAGCCCCAUGCCAAGCCCCAGGGGGGUGAGGGCGAGCUGGGGGAAGAUGGGGACUGUUUCCCCUUCCUUUCCCAGGGCCUGGAGGAGAUGGAGGCUGAGAGGGAGAGGCCCACCCAGCUAGAACUGGUGGUGGGGUUGGAGGCCAUGGCCCCGCCCUACAUGGCGACUUCAGGGACAGGGGACCGGGGCGGGGAGAGGCUCGGUGGGGGUAACGUCGUUCACGUUGACACGCCCAUGUGUGACUCUGUGACCUCUGACCUUCUGCCCAGCACCAGCUCUUCAGAGUGGGAGGAGCAGAUACACCUGGUCUGAUUGGUGGAAAAAUCUUAAGUGGGAGGAGGAGAUACACCUGGUCUGAUUUGUGAUUGGACGAAAACUCUGAAUUGGAGGAGCCAACUCUCCUGGUCUGAUGGAAGACAGAAGCCUUCAGAGAAGCCAUGCAGAGAGAGAGAGCGAAAGAGGACCAAUCCUGACUGAGAGGGGACAUUACCAAGUAGCCAGUGAUGGUGUUGGGGGAAUUAAUCCUGACUUGAUUGUAGUGCAGUAGAAGAUAUAUUAUGAGGAAUGUAUACAAGUAUACAUCAGACACUUGAUAGCUGAUCAAUAUUGGCAUGUGAUGCCCCCAGGGUAAAAGACGGACGGAUGACUGGAUGGAUUCCUCCUAUAAAGCGUGAUGGAAGAUGUUUGAAUGGGUGUUAUUGGUAUUAUAUUACCAAAAUGGAUAUUUGCUGAUAAGAUGAUGAACAAGUUGCUUCUCUCAGAUGAUCUGUUUUAGAUUACAACAUGAGGUGAUGCAAUGUUGUAGUGUAUUAUUAUAGUCAAUACAUUUGCAGGAGUUUUUGAUCUAAUAUUUUCUGAUAUUGAUAAUAAGAUAUUUUUUUUUAUAUUCCGCUGGAGUAUAAGAGCCGACUGUAUUGUGUUUGGACUUGGUUCUGAGGGAGGUUGGAAUCAGCUGUACAGGAGAGUUCUGAGGGAGGUUGUAAUCAGCUGUACAGGAGAGUUCUGAGGGAGGUUGUAAUCAGCUGUACAGGAGAGUUCUGAGGGAGGUUGUAAUCAGCUGUACAGGAGAGUUCUGAGGGAGGUUGUAAUCAGCUGUACAUGAGAGUUCUGAGGGAGGUUGGAAUCAGCUGUACAGGAGAGUUCUGAGGGAGGUUGGAAUCAGCUGUACAGGAGAGUUCUGAGGGAGGUUGUAAUCAGCUGUACAGGAGAGUUCUGAGGGAGGUUGGAAUCAGCUGUACAGGAGAGUUCUGAGGGAGGUUGUAAUCAGCUGUACAUGAGAGUUCUGAGGGAGGUUGUAAUCAGCUGUACAGGAGAGUUCUGAGGGAGGUUGUAAUCAUUUGUACAUGAUAGUUCUGAGGGAGGUUGGAAUCAGCUGUACAGGAGAGUUCUGAGGGAGGUUGGAAUCAGCUGUACAGGAGAGUUCUGAGGGAGGUUGGAAUCAGCUGUACAGGAGAGUUCUGAGGGAGGUUGGAAUCAGCUGUACAGGAGAGUUCUGAGGGAGGUUGUAAUCAGCUGUACAGGAGAGUUCUGAGGGAGGUUGUAAUCAGCUGUACAGGAGAGUUCUGAGGGAGGUUGUAAUCAGCUGUACAGGAGAGUUCUGAGGGAGGUUGUAAUCAGCUGUACAGGAGAGUUCUGAGGGAGGUUGGAAUCAGCUGUACAGGAGAGUUCUGAGGGAGGUUGGAAUCAGCUGUACAGGAGAGUUCUGAGGGAGGUUGGAAUCAGCUGUACAGGAGAGUUCUGAGGGAGGUUGGAAUCAGCUGUACAGGAGAGUUCUGAGGGAGGUUGGAAUCAGCUGUACAUGAGAGUUCUGAGGGAGGUUGUAAUCAGCUGUACAGGAGAGUUCUGCGGGAGGUUGUAAUCAGAUGUACAGGAGAGUUCUGAGGGAGGUUGUAAUCAGCUGUACAGGAGAGUUCUGAGGGAGGUUGUAAUCAGCUGUACAGGACAGUUCUGAGGGAGGUUGUAAUCAGCUGUACAGGAGAGUUCUGAGGGAGGUUGUAAUCAGCUGUACAGGAGAGUUCUGAGGGAGGUUGUAAUCAGCUGUACAGGAGAGUUCUGAGGGAGGUUGUAAUCAGCUGUACAGGAGAGUUCUGAGGGAGGUUGUAAUCAGCUGUACAGGAGAGUUCUGAGGGAGGUUGUAAUCAGCUGUACAGGAGAGUUCUGAGGGAGGUUGUAAUCAGCUGUACAUGAUAGUUCUGAGGGAGGUUGUAAUCAGCUGUACAGGAGUGUUCUGAGGGAGGUUGGAAUCAGCUGUACAGGAGAGUUCUGAGGGAGGUUGGAAUCAGCUGUACAGGAGAGUUCUGAGGGAGGUUGGAAUCAGCUGUACAGGAGAGUUCUGAGGGAGGUUGGAAUCAGCUGUACAGGAGAGUUCUGAGGGAGGUUGGAAUCAGCUGUACAGGAGAGUUCUGAGGGAGGUUGGAAUCAGCUGUACAGGAGAGUUCUGAGGGAGGUUGGAAUCAGCUGUACAGGAGAGUUCUGAGGGAGGUUGGAAUCAGCUGUACAGGAGAGUUCUGAGGGAGGUUGGAAUCAGCUGUACAGGAGAGUUCUGAGGGAGGUUGUAAUCAGCUGUACAGGAGAGUUCUGAGGGAGGUUGGAAUCAGCUGUACAGGAGAGUUCUGAGGGAGGUUGGAAUCAGCUGUACAGGAGAGUUCUGAGGGAGGUUGGAAUCAGCUGUACAGGAGAGUUCUGAGGGAGGUUGGAAUCAGCUAUACAGGAGAGUUCUCAGGGAGGUUGUAAUCAGCUGUACAGGAGAGUUCUGAGGGAGGUUGGAAUCAGCUGUACAGGAGAGUUCUGAGGGAGGUUGGAAUCAGCUGUACAGGAGAGUUCUGAGGGAGGUUGGAAUCAGCUGUACAGGAGAGUUCUGAGGGAGGUUGGAAUCAGCUGUACAGGAGAGUUCUGAGGGAGGUUGGAAUCAGAUGUACAGGAGAGUUCUGAGGGAGGUUGGAAUCAGCUGUACAGGAGAGUUCUGAGGGAGGUUGGAAUCAGCUGUACAGGAGAGUUCUGAGGGAGGUUGGAAUCAGCUGUACAGGAGAGUUCUGAGGGAGGUUGGAAUCAGCUGUACAGGACAGUUCUGAGGGAGGUUGUAAUCAGCUGUACAGGAGAGUUCUGAGGAGGUUGGAAUCAGCUGUACAGGAGAGUUCUGAGGGAGGUUGUAAUCAGCUGUACAGGAGAGUUCUGAGGGAGGUUGUAAUCAGCUGUACAGGAGAGUUCUGAGGGAGGUUGUAAUCAGCUGUACAGGAGAGUUCUGAGGGAGGUUGUAAUCAGCUGUACAGGAGAGUUCUGAGGGAGGUUGUAAUCAGCUGUACAGGAGAGUUCUGAGGGAGGUUGUAAUCAGCUGUACAGGAGUGUUCUGAGGGAGGUUGGAAUCAGCUGUACAGGAGAGUUCUGAGGGAGGUUGUAAUCAGCUGUACAGGAGUGUUCUGAGGGAGGUUGGAAUCAGCUGUACAGGAGAGUUCUGAGGGAGGUUGGAAUCAGCUGUACAGGAGAGUUCUGAGGGAGGUUGGAAUCAGCUGUACAGGAGAGUUCUGAGGGAGGUUGGAAUCAGCUGUACAGGAGAGUUCUGAGGGAGGUUGGAAUCAGCUAUACAGGAGAGUUCUCAGGGAGGUUGUAAUCAGCUGUACAGGGGAGUUCUGAGGGAGGUUGUAAUCAGCUGUACAGGAGAGUUCUGAGGGAGGUUGGAAUCAGCUGUACAGGAGAGUUCUGAGGGAGGUUGGAAUCAGCUGUACAGGAGAGUUCUGAGGGAGGUUGUAAUCAGCUGUACAGGAUAGUUCUGAGGGAGGUUGGAAUCAGCUGUACAGGAGAGUUCUGAGGGAGGUUGGAAUCAGCUGUACAGGAGAGUUCUGAGGGAGGUUGGAAUCAGCUGUACAGGAGAGUUCUGAGGGAGGUUGUAAUCAGCUGUACAGGACAGCAGUGCCGUGCUGUGAUGCGUGUUUCUAGUCGUUUUAUUAUACCAAUAUAACAGUACUCUCAGUCCCAUCCAGAUCUGCCUAAUGUGUCGGUAAGUUCUUAGGUGCCAAACACUGGCUAACAAAAGCACAGUUUGUAAUCACCAAGUGGACUCCAAGCGAAUUGUGCCUGCUUAGAUCUAUUAGACCUUGUUGUACUGAACCCAUUAGAAGACUGACUGACAGUAUUCGUAAAGAUACGCAGGCGAGCAGCCCUGACAGGAGAAUAGAAAGUAACAUCAUCGUUGCUGCUGCUGUUCGCUCAGUAGGAAAACAACAGUAGUUAAGAGAUGAAUUGUAAUCAGAUAACUUGUUUAUACCUAAUCGCUGUAGUAAAGAUGUCACUGGUCAUUCUAAACUAGUACAGGGCGGCAUUCUCAGACACAGAGUAUACCUAGUCCUGGGCUAAACAUCACUUUCAAUGGAGAUUCUCCAUCGACCCUGCUUUCUAGUCCAGAACUAGGUUCAGGCCUAAUCUGUGUCCAGGAAACCAGCCCAUAAAGCUAAAUAAACUCUUAUAAAGUUCAAGCCUUGAUGGGACAGUAGAGGGGUUCAGCGGGUCUUAAAAACGGUUCUCUACACGAUUCAUUACAGUGCCUUUGUGUCAAUCUUUUUUAAAUGUAUUGCCACAUUUUCCUGAGGUCUUACAGAAAUUAAUGGUGUGUAGCUACAUUAUUGAUAUAUACAAAAGUAUGUGGACACCCCUUCAAAUUAGUGGAUUCGGCUAUUUCAGCCACACCCGUUGCUGACC